UUUGGACUGUGCUGUCACAGCUUAGAGGAGGAAGGGGGUGCAACUUUCACCUUCGAGGGAACUAGUAAAAAAUGUUCUCUAGAAGUUGUUCUCAAAGUUCACAAUCCUCAGUUUUACUGGAAGGUAACGACGCGGGCUGACAUAGGCCUUGCAGAUGCUUAUAUUGAUGGAGAUUUUUCUUUUGCUGACAAAGACCAAUGUCUUCUAGAUCUUUUCAUGGUUCUGAUUGCGAACAGAGAUGCAAACAAAUCUAUCUCCAAGGCGAAUAAGAAAAGGGGUUGGUGGACACCAUCGUUAUUUACAGCAGGUAUUGCUUCCGCAAAGUUUUUCCUUCAGCAUGUUCUGAGGCAAAAUACUCUUACACAAGCUCGCAGGAACAUCUCUCGUCAUUAUGACCUGAGUAACGAAGUUUUUUCUCUGUUCCUGGGAGAAACAAUGGCAUACUCGUCUGCAAUAUUUAAGACUGAAGAUGAAGACUUGAAUACAGCUCAGUUGAGGAAAAUCUCUGUUCUGAUUGAAAAAGCAAGAAUCGAUAAGAAGCAUGAAAUUCUUGACAUUGGUUGUGGCUGGGGAACUUUUGCUAUUGAAGUUGUCAAACAAACAGGAUGCAAAUACACGGGUCUCACUCUAUCUGUGGAGCAACUGAAAUAUGCAGAAAUGAAAGUCAAGGAAGCUGGUCUGCAGGAUCAUAUCAGACUUCUCCUCUGUGAUUAUCGUGAAUUGCCUAAAGGCUAUAAAUACGAUAGAAUCGUAUCUUGUGAAAUGAUAGAGCAUGUGGGUCAUGAAUACAUGGAGGAUUUUUUUAGUAGCUGCGAAUCAGCAUUGGCAGAAGAUGGGCUUCUUGUUCUACAGUUCAUAUCAAUAGCAGACGAGCGUUAUGAUGAGUACAGGCGAAGUUCUGAUUUUAUCAAGGAAUAUAUUUUUCCCGGUGGAUGUUUGCCUUCAUUAAGUAGGAUAACAUCAGCCAUGGGUGUUGCAUCAAGACUCUGCGUGGAGCAUGUGGAAAAUAUAGGAAGUCAUUACUAUCAUACGUUAAGAAGGUGGAGGAAAAAUUUCUUGGAAAACAAGAGCAAAAUUCUUGCCAUGGGAUUCGAUGAAAAGUUCAUCAGGACAUGGGAGUAUUACUUUGACUACUGCGCUGCUGGUUUCAAAUCGUAUACCCUUGGGGAUUACCAGGUUGUAUUUUCACGUCCUGGCAAUGUUGUGGCAUUAGGCAAUCCAUACAAAGGUUUUCCAUCGGCAUAUCAACACCUUCUGUAGAAGAGAGACCGUUCUAUGAUAUAAGCCGCCUCGAACUGUAGCUACUUACUUAUUUCUUUAAUUUCCAAGUUUGUUGUGUUGCAAUAAAACUUUCUUGAUUAGCUACAAUGAAUUGGCCGUUAGACAAAGAAAUUGAGAACGUGAAAA